UUUCCGCGCCAUUCCGGAGCCCGGGCGUGGGCCACUGCGAGGGUCUUCCACAGAAUAUAUAGAAAGGGACGUCUCGUUUUCGUCGCGUACAUAAUUUGAACGCCAAGCACCAGUGUACACGGAGAUCGAUCGCGACCUCGUCCCAAAAUAACCAGUGUGUUAGGGCAAGGGCUAGUCAGGGUGACAAGGGCACUGCAAUUGAUUCUAAUCACUUCAACGAGCGCCCAAUUAAGAUGCAGGGCCCGAAAGCUUUCGCCACGUUCUUCAAGGCUGCAAUAGCAGUAUGUGCACUGCUUCUGAUGACGCACCUGAUUCCUGUGCACGGGACACCCGCCGUAGCCUGUAACAGCGCCGGAGAGAGCCUCGCCUGCCAAUGUCUGACGCACCAAGUCACCUGUAGCUAUGAAGGCUUGACAGAAGUGCCGACUGGUAUUCCAAACGAUACGAACACUCUAACACUCUGGGGUAACAAGUUCACGUCCAUUACGAAAGCCUCGUUUGCCGGUCUUUCUCAGGUGUCCAACAUUUUGCUCUCUGGUAACAAAAUCUCGUCCAUUGAGGUCGGGUCUUUCGAUUGGCAAUCCGACACUCUUGAACAACUUGCGUUGAACAACAACGAGUUAGAGACUUUGGAGGUGGGUGUGUUUAGAAACCUGACAAAAUUGAAGUACUUGCAUCUCGAAGGCAAUAUGAUAUCGAGCUUGAGUGGGCUCCUUCGAGGGCUGUCAAGUCUAGAAUCAAUUGAUCUCAAUAAUAAUAGGAUUUCUGCUUUGCCUGCAGAUGUUUUUAGGGGCUUGCCAUUGCGUAAACUACGCCUAGCCAGGAACGGUAUACUGGACAUAGACAACAUUCUAGCUGCCCUACCCGCCAAUGUAAGGACUUUAGAUUUAAACGGUAACGGUUUGGGGAACUUAAGAGCAGCCAUGUUCAGCGGAUUUUCCAAUCUCACUCAGCUUAAACUUGAAGCGAACGGAAUGGAUUCUCUUCCAGAAAAUCUUUUUCUCGGCCUCGACAAGCUGACUUUACUCCAUUUAGACAACAACAUGCUGGUGGAACUAAACCGGAGCAGCUUUGGUGACCACCCCAAGUUGCAAAUGCUUACUGUUGCUAACAAUUCUAUCGUAAGAAUAGAGCCGGGGUUUUUCAGUACAUUUCGUGAGUUAGUGGACAUUAAUCUACAGGGCAAUGACCUCACAUAUCUACCGCCCGGAACAUUUGACAACCUUGAUUCUAUCGAGUUCCUUAAUCUGGACGGCAAUAGACUAGAUACUCUUGAUCGAAACGUUUUUAGGGGCCUUCAAAACGUCUGGUACAUAUAUCUGGGAGAAAACGGCAUGAAAAGCCUGCCUUCUACCAUUUUCCAUGGUUUACAAAUGCUCCGAUAUCUGGAUCUGAACGACAACGAACUCUCCGUCAUUGAAGACGGUACAUUUGACGGAACCCCGAAGACAGCCUGCCCUAACCACGAUAGACACCAGGCUAGUCCUGAACGUGUGACAGGGGGGCUACAGGGUACAGUUGAAGCGGAAGACCCCAGGUUUGAAGACCGUGCUGUACGCGAUGUGGUCGAUGGUGAGCGGGUUGGGGUCUGUCCAGUUGACCAGCGGACGGCCCUGCAGUUUUGA